AAGGAAAUAUGUGUGCAUUGUGAGGUCGGAGCCAGUUCGAUAAAGUAACACGAAUUAUUUGUAUCCCAGUUUUUUUGUAUUGCGGUCGGUUUUAGCGUAACAAUUUGUAGGGCAGCAGCAGUAUCGCCCGAGUGAAAUGCUAAAUUUUGGUUGGAAAACGAUAGAUUUGACGAUUGUUUACAUGCAUUUUGUACGAUAGUUCCAGCUAACUGUAUUGAAAUUUGACAGUUAUGAAGAUAGGAUUGCUGUAAUCUGUGAAAAGUGAGUGAGCUGCGAUUCGUAUGUGUGCACGGUGCAUUGCAUUCACCACGGGAAAGAAUGUGUUAUGAUAUGGAGAGCAAUUGUGACAGUUCAAUCUUGAAGAUAUCAGUCGGAAGGAAAUAAAGUCCGACCCCAAUGCCCUUAGUUUCGGAGAACCCGGAGUGAACCCCUUGUCGUUCGGAUAUUUAUGUUAUACCAAUCGAUUCGCAGUAUACCGUGGUAGUAGCGCUGAGUGGGUCAUACAAUUGGCAUUGGCUGAAUAACAUACCAACAGUAUCCAUGAAAGACGAAAGAUGAAUAAUAAUUGAAUGAUAAAAAUGGUGGCUCAGAGAAAUUUUAAAUAUACUACAGUAGUGAAGUAAAAUAAGUAUUUAUAUAUUGAGAAGAAAUAUUGCCCUCAAACAGGCAUACGGUCGCACACACGUUUUUUUAUUUGUGUAAGAGGCAGCUAUUUCUUCGGCUAAUGUAAACAAGUAAAUGUUGAGACAUAUAUCCAGUGAGAUCACUGUAAGGUGUUGUGGGAGAUUUACAAAACAGUGGAUGAGUUGCACCUCCUACUAGAAGAGAAGUUACACUACAAAUUGAUGUGGAUUAGCCUUUACUCGCGUAGCAUGAUUGUACAGAACAUUGAACGAUAAAUAGAACAUAGUUUACGUCUGAGCGCAACCUUAGAAUGGAAUCGGCACGUUCACAUGCUCAUAUCUGCAUUCGCUAAGCUCCAUGCUUGCGUACAAACACGCAUGGGAUUGGUGGUAGGCGCUAUUCAGCUAAAACUGAGUGUGUAGUGCAACAGUUGGAAGAAAAACAACAAUCGACGAUGGGUUUGGCUUGAAAAAUUGCGGAAAAGAACACUUAAACGAGUGUAAUUCGGUACUAUUAUAAAAGUUAACAUUGGUACAGCAAACUCGCCAAAGUCGAAGAUGAAAGCUAAUAAAAGUGAAACUCGUGUAAUUAAAGUUAAGUACAUAAGCAACAUGGUGAAAUGAACGAUGUGAGUUAACGUUUGGUUAUGCGUGUCAAUGGUCGAAAAAUGGUAGAAGAAUUUGUGAUUUCGAAGUUUUAAGCUUAUCGGAAAUGCCCUCAGCAAUGAACCAUUCGCAAUGUAGUUGUUUAAUGAUGCUUGGGAUGUUUGUGACUUGAUCUUAUAAGUGCAAUGUUCGCCAGUCAACGCUAAUUUGACACAGAUUACCAGUAUGAUUCAGUUUUGUGAAACUGUAAGAACUGUUUGAAAAAAUUUGAAAAGUGUAUCACAAAAUAACUAGCAUUUCAAAAACAAGGAAACCUUGGAAAACUUCGAGUGUUACGAGUUACGUUUUUGAUCUAUAAUUCAACCCGUUCCUGAAUAACUGUGAUGUGCGGGUGUAUAGUACUACUGCAUAUGUGAUGUUAUGAACAGGCAUAUGUGUAUGCCGGGUGAAGUGAACGUUUUUGCUACGUAGGAAACAGCCCUGAUACAAAAAAAAACGACGAACGCAUCGAAUCGAUUUGAUUUAUCGAAUGAAUCAAUGACAUCAGGAAGAUGCCGAUGGAUCAAGCGAACGACGACGUGGUGAUCCAUUUCGCCAAAAACAACUAUUUUUGCACCAUGUUGGAAACGACAUUCGUCAAAAUGUUUCAACACACUUACAGCACAGUGAGCGCACCGACUAGCACGUUUUUCAAGUUCCUAGCAAGAUUCUCAGGAAGGAGACGGAUAAGCUAUCGGUUACGAAGGAUACCUAGCUUAGGAUACGUUGCAAUUUUCCUAAUUUUAAGUACAGUAUGCAGAGUGACAGACGCUUGUUCGAGUCGGACCACCCCCAAACCUCGACCACCCAGUCCGACGGCUAGACCAAAUAUCACAUUCCACACAUACAAAUGUCCACCGGCGUACGCGGCGUGGUACUGCCUGAACGAAGCCACCUGCUUCACCGUGAAGAUCGGCGAUUCGCUACUCUACAAUUGCGAAUGCGCUGAUGGGUAUAUGGGUCCUAGGUGUGAAUACAAAGAUCUAGACGGAUCUUAUUUACCCACUCGACCUCGUGUGAUGUUGGAGACUGCAAGUAUAGCAAGUGGUGCCAUUGUCGCAUUGGUUCUGGCGGUGAUCGUGUGGUGCUAUAUAUGCGUGCAUAAGCAUCAACAGAAGAAAAGACUGGAAACCGCCAAUGGAGGUGUGGACACUGUGGACGGAGUGCUUAGAACGGUGAGAAGUGAGAACCUUCCGAAGCGACCAUUUGGAUCUCACCAUCUACGAACGAUACCUUUGAGUGAAUCCUUAAGUCGAUAGAUCAACCGAGAUUCACUCAUAAAGCAUGUUGGCCAUCAUCAAGAGACACAAGAAUGAAAAGACAAAAUGCCUUCUUAGAGAGCAUCGGACACUCUGGGGACACUUCAUCGGAAGUGAGGUUAACCGAAGGGGAAAGUAGUCGUCCUAUUCCGGAGAGUGUUUAAACGCAACUCUGAACUGCCAUGAUCCUAACAACAUUUUACACAUCGCUGCGUACGAAUGACUUGAGAAAUCGCCACAGGAUACAGUUUUUGGAUGAAUGACUGCAGGAAUGUUUGGAAAGACGUGGAGGAUUACAGUUUUUAUAGACACACUACAGUUACUUUUUAUACACGUGCAUUGUAUUAAUGAUAUUAACAACAGGUGCCUAUAGGAAUAGAUCAUUUGUGAUUCGAAGAACGAAAUAAUCAAAAAAGUACUGUCGGUUGAAAGUUUACACUGUUUAUAAUGACGCGAUGUUUUAAAUAAUUUAAAAAAAAUGACGAUCACUCGCUGGUGAUGAGUGUAACCGCCUAACAGAUCGAUUUCUCAAUCGUCGCAGAUUGAACGUAACACUAAAUAGAUACGACAAAAUCCACAGUCUACCGUCCUCAGCUACUUAAAUUUUGGCCAAAAUGAGAAACAACCCUUUCGUGAUAAUUUUAUUUGUAAUUAUUGAAAUAGUAGAGCUAAAUUAUUAUCUUUUAACUCACGCCACAUUUUUGUUUCGAACGUAGUUGGAGACGGACGGAUUGUGUUUUAGCUAGGUUUGGUAACUAAUUUCUCGAAUGGGAAGCAGGAAGAUAAAUUAUAAAAAUCUUGCCAAUACAAACGAAAGAUCGCAUAAAAUUUUAAAAACCAUUUCUGUAACGUGCCAUCUUCUCAUUUGGAAGUGAUUCUAUCGAUUAUAUGCUUGUUUCGCUGGCACCAAAAGCUCAGGUGACAAAACAUCGAUUGCAAAGACGUUAAACUCAGCAUUUACAGCAAACAGAUAAACAACAUUGAGAAUUUUCAAACAGUCUAGAAUACAUUCAAGCAACUGUAUGGAAUUUGCGUUCAAAGAACAGACUAUCAUUCGUAGAGUGAAAUUCAGCUGCAAUAUUACCGAAGUAAAUUUGGACAUCCCUAUGCUAUUCUGUAUUUUAUGAUCGAUCAUAAUAAUU